UUAGCCUGAUAUGCAUAUUUCUCAAAAAUGUGUGUAUUUUUGAUGCACAGGUGGUGAUUAACUUGUUUCCAUUAUGAUAAUUAUGUCUUUUACUUACAUAUCAAAUGAAAGCUAUUAGCGUAAUUGCAAGCAGGAGAGGGCAUCUUAGGAUACAACUGUUAAAACAGGAAAGAAAUGUUUAAAAAUCUUGCUUUUUAUAUUCAGUCGCUAGGAAUGAAUAUCUAACAUACAGCAAUCAGUCUAGAGUCUGCUGCUAAAUAAUGCAGGAGACCGGAGCAUUUACAUACAUUUGGACUUAGCAGGAUUUUCGGGUCGAGAUGGUCAUUGAUGUUGACGUUUUAGUGAUUCGGCCAGUUUUUUCUCUGUGGUCAUGAGUGUUUUUUGCAAUCACUAGAGGAGGUUAUUCCACGCCCCUCCCUUAAAAGCAGCCCCAAAGCUCCGAACCAAGUUUUAAUUGCCGACUUCUUCCAGCACUGUACUGUAUGUCCUGUGCUGUGCUCGAUCUCUUCCUCUUUAUUGCUCAUCCUAUUUAUCUCCCGUCUCCGCACUGCUUCCCUCAGCAUUAAAAAUUCUCCCUCUCAUUGCUCUGAGCUUUCAAGCUCCCUUAAUAAGUUAUUAUAUUACAGCUCCAUAAGCCACCAGGGUUUGUAAAGGAUGACGUAGGAACAUCUUUGUGUACAUAGUUGUUUCAGAGGAACAGAUAGUCACCUUAGAUCAUAUGGAAUAUCAGUGCAUUAUACAUGCAGUGGAGGCAAAUGCUUAGAGGGGUUUGUUUUUAAAAUCUGACUGCAUUAUAAAAAAUUAAAAGGUGUAGUUGUUACCUCAAAGAUAUAUUUCUACCUGAUCUGACUCUUAAAAAUAAUUUUUAUUGCCAUAACCCAAGAAGAACUGUAAUAACUAUAGAAAGCAGGCUGUUUGAACUCAAUGGCAGUUGCUCGGCUGGCGCAUAAAUGAUUGCUUUUAGGCACUCAUGGCGCAUUCAAGUUAUUUAGGAAAUAUUGCAUUUAAAAGUUUAAUGCACAUUAAUGCCACAACCAUGUCUUAAUUAUAAGGGAAACUCUGGAUUUUCUUCGAGCUUAGAGUUUUUUUAGGUGUGUCAGUGAGAAAACAUGGCAGACACAGUGAAAGAAGUUUGUUGAAAUGUAAUAUUUGUGAAUGAAUAAGCCAGUUUUAGGUGAUUUUUGUAAGAUAACACUGACAAAAUACUUUUUAGAGUGUAAGAGGAUGUGAAUGUUGUCAUUGUGCUAGGUGACAUCUCUACAUUGUAGUUAGCCUAAUGGGUUUAAAGUAGUUAGCUAGCGUCGAGGUAUGAAUUAUUGAUAGGUAGUGUUGGUAGGACAGGAUCCAGAAGUUAAAUAAUACAAACUCUAAUGUUUUGUACGAGUAUGGCACUUACUCUAUUGUGUUGGAGGUCUUCGUGUGUGUACUGGGUUGUGCGUAAGAGUUGAGGUGCGUUGAUCUGUGUUCGUAGCAUGCCGUAGCUUGCCAAGUGGUCUCUAACUCUUUGCCUUGCCAAAUCAGCUGUGCUCUAUCUUUCUCUCUCUCUCUCUUUCUCUGAUGUCUCUGUACUGGGAGCUGCUCUCCUAUCUAUUUUUAUCUAGCCUUGUAUCGCAGCAUGUGUGUCCCAGAGAUCUCAACAUGAGAGAGGAAGUGAGCAGAGACCCUUCACACUUGUCAACCAUUCAUUUCCAUCACUCGCUCCUGUUCCUUAACUUCCUCCUCAAUCAUUAGCUGUCAUUGUUUCUCGUUUAACCUCACCUGCACUCUCGUUCUCUCUCGAACCUCUUUUAGUCAACCUGAGGAAAUUUAUGGAAUAUAUCCAGCAUCAUCAGGUGGACAAAGUCUCCAAUAUGUUGGAGAGAGGGUUGGACCCCAACUAUCAUGACCCUGAUACUGGUGAGACUCCACUAACCCUUGCGGCCCACCUGGACAAUAUGGUGGAGAUUAUAGUGACAUUGAAAAACGGUGGGGCUCAUUUAGAUUUUCGCUCUCGGGAUGGGAUGACUGCCCUGCACAAAGCAGCCAGGGCAAAGAACCAGAUAGCUCUUAAGACUAUGUUGGAUUUGGGAGCUUCUCCAGACUAUAAGGACCGGCAGAGCUUGACUCCACUCUACCAUACAGUGACUGUAGGGGGAGACCCGAGCUGCUGCGAGGUCCUACUGCGUGCCCAUGCCAGUGUGGGAUGCCAUGAUGAGAACGGCUGGCAUGAGAUCCACCAGGCUUGUCGAUACGGCCACAUCCAGCACCUGGAGCAUCUCUUGUUCUACGGAGCUGACAUGCAUGUGGAAAAUGCAUCUGGGAAUACGGCUCUUCAUAUCUGCGCUCUGUACAAACAGGUAUGUACUUACACUGUACCUUUAAUGAUCCAAAGUCAGCUCCAUUUAAACAGUCAAUAAACAGAGGUUAUUGGCAUCAUACAACAGAAUACGCUGUCAAUAGGAGAGUACAUAAAAAAACGUUUUCUCUUUGUGGACCAAUAACGUUUCGAGGGAAAAAUC